AUGUCUGGCCUUGGAAAGGGAGGAAAGGGUCUGGGAAAAGGUGGAGCCAAGCGCCAUAGAAAGGUGCUGCGUGACAACAUCCAAGGCAUUACAAAGCCAGCGAUUCGACGUUUGGCACGUCGUGGUGGUGUUAAACGCAUCUCUGGACUUAUCUACGAGGAGACACGCGUUGUGCUUAAGGUGUUUCUCGAGGAUGUUAUCCGAGACGCAGUUGCAUACACUGAACACGCAAGACGCAAGACGGUCACUGCUUUGGAUGUCGUCUACGCCCUCAAACGCCAUGGUCGUACCAUCUACGGAUUUGGUGGUUAG